AUGGCUGAAACACGCAAAGCAAAUCAGGUCCGCAACGCGACUCAAGCCGUUGGUACUGCCCUCGUGGCAUCUUCCGAAUCCCGUGCUCCGCCAUCAUCCGACAAUCAUGACACUCGGUCUGCUUCAGGACGAUAUGAAGCUCGCUCUGAUUCGAAUCGUGAUCAAAACCCGCGUGGCGGAGGUCGCAGUCGCGGCCGUGGCCGUGGACGCGGUGGUUUAGCGGGUCGGGGACGCGGCAACUCCUCUCAACAAUCCACGGGUCAGGUUGGGAGUAAUCGACAGAUUGGGGUGGAUUGUGGGGAUACUUUUAGUCCGGUUGUUAAACAGGCUACUAUUCGCACCGUUUUAUCACUUGCAUUAUCUCAAUCGUGGAAGAUUCAUCAGUUGGAUGUUACAAAUGCGUUUCUACACGGUAAUUUACAUGAGACAGUUUAUAUGUAUCAGCCAAUGGGUUUCCGGCAUCAACAGUUUCCUGAUCAUGUAUGUCUUCUCAAGAAGUCUCUGUAUGGGUUGAAACGGGCGCCACGUGCAUGGUACCAACGAUUUACUGAUUUUGUUAUCUCUAUUGGGUUUCGACAGAGUCGUUGUGAUCACUCUCUGUUUGUUUAUCAUCAUGGCACUGAUGUGGCCUACCUACUCAUAUAUGUCGACGACAUUAUUCUUACCACCUCUACGGAUUAUCUACGGGAUCAUCUUAUGCGUCGAUUAGGUGACGAAUUUGCCAUGAAAGAUCUCGGCCCUUUCAGUCAUUUUCUUGGAGUUCAAGUUACUCGCACGACAAAUUGUAUGUUUCUCUCUCAGCAACAAUACACUAAUGACAUCAUUGAACGGGCCGGUAUGACUUCUUGUAACCCGGUUGCCACACCCGUUGAUUGCAAUCCGAAGCUAAGUGCCACAUCUAGUCCGGAGUUUGACAAUCCAACUCAGUACCGUAGUUUGGCAGGUGCACUGCAAUAUUUGACUUUUACUAGGCCUGACAUUAGCUAUGCGGUUCAGCAGGUGUGUAUGUACAUGCACUCCUCUCGUGUUGAUCAAUGGAAUGCUCUCAAACGGAUCAUUCGCUACUUAAAGGGUACUACCUCCUUUGGGCUUACUUUGGGCUCUGUUGGUGAUUUCUCUCUUCGUGCAUACACGGAUGCGGACUGGGUCGGGUGUCCUGACACACGUAGAUCUACAUCCGGGUACUGUGUUUAUCUUGGCUCUAAUUUAUUGUCCUGGUCUUCCAAACGUAAAGCCGUCGUCUCUCGUUCUAGCGCUGAAGCUGAGUAUAGGGGUGUUGCAAAUGUGGUUGCUGAGUUGUCUUAG